AAAAAAUAAACGCUUUCUUAAUAAAACUACAGCAACAAAGUGAAAUUUAAUAUUAUAUAUAAAAACAAACACACAUACAUACAUGUGUAUAUGUAUGUAAAUUUAGUUAUUGAAAACAAUUCAUAAAGGUUGAUAAACAACGAAAACUUUUUGCUGCAUAAAUUGUCCUCGUAAAACUAAAUUAAUUAAAACUCACGAAAAAGACAAAUAAUAACAACAAAAAAUGGCUAAAAUGAAAAGUGAACAAAUUCUAUAAAAGUUUUUUUAUAUAUACAUAUAUUUUGAAUGGAAAUAAAGUAAAAAAUUAACAAAACAAAAAAAAUAUAUAUAUAAUAAUAUAUUCAAUAGCUACAAAAGAGUUUGUUGCAAAAAAAUUGUAAAAUAAAUUAAACAUCUAUUGAGCAAAUUGUGUAAAACAAAAAACCAUUCAAAGUGAAUUAUUUAUAUAAGAAAAAAAACAGAGGUCAUCUUUAAAAAAAAUACCCGAGAUAAAAAUAUUUAAACGGACAAAAAACUAUGACGUGUGAUAAACAAAAUGAAAAUUUUAUAACACAACAGCAAAUGAGGGAAGACAACAAAUUUAAUUCAAAAAAUAUUGCCAACACUAUCAUUAGUCAUAACAGCAGCAGAAAAAGUAAUAAAUUUGAUAAAGCAAAAAGUUUACAAAACGCCCGACUGAUGAUGUUAGAAUUUUCACCAUUAAAAGCUGAAGCACAGCCAAGAAAUAGAACAAAAACUAGUUUCAGAAAGCAAACAAUUAUUAGUAAAGUUUCGAAACAGGAAGUAUCCACAAUGGCUCAGCAGGCAUUGAAACGAACACACAUGACCUUAAAGGAAUAUUUUGAAUUUUCAAAUGCUACGAAUACACCAACAACCACAAAAAAUAAGACAACAGCAAGUAAAACAAUAAACAAAAACAUGUAUGUCAAACAAAGAGAACAGAAUAUAGAUCAGAGAAGCUCAACGAUAAAUUCUGGCAAACAACAAUAUCAACUCAAACUAUGGCCAACAAUUGCCAGCACUACUGACCCAACAGAAAUUAUACGAAAUCUGGAAACUAUAUCAUCAUCAUCUAUAUCAUCAUCACUUCUACCAACAACAACAACAGAAUUAGUUGUUGCUGCUACAGCAGAAGCAUUAACAAUUCCUGUUACUGGGGAUGUUGUGGAAAAUUCACAAAGUAAAAUAAAACAAUGCAAUAAUGUUUGCAUUAGUUCAAAAUGUGGCUCAAAGCAAAAAUGUACACAGAAACAACAGCAACAACAACAUAAGCAUAAGCAGCACUGCAAAAGUGCGAAUAUAUGUAGCAGCACAAACAAUUUCAACAACAUCCGCACUUUUAACAAAUCAAACAUAAAUAUCAAUAUUACUGAUGCUAGUAGUACAGAUGCUGCUUCUACUUAUCCCCCUGCAACUAAAACCGUUGAAGAGGAUACAAGAAAUACCAACAUUAAUACCACCACUUCCACCACUAACAAGGCCAACAUAAUACUCAACACUAUUUCUACAACUACCACCACCAUCCAUCAUGCACACACAGAUGAUAUUGCUACUACUACUGAGAAUACUACUGCUGUUGUUACUGCUACUAGACCAACAGAACUAUCAACUUUAACUUCAGCAGCAGUAGCAGCAACAACAUAUUGCAAAGCAUUUCCCUUACGACAACGUUUCUACCAAAAUACCAAACAGCUGGAAUGUUUACUACGUACUGUUGUGUUUAGCUUUAUGUUCGUCAUGUCGAUGCAAUAUCAAACUGUAUCUGCCUCGACAAGUAUGAUGAGUAAACAUGAGCCCAUGUUUAUAUCCCGCUCAGAAACAUUUAAAUUUGUAGCUGGUGAUACGAUUGUCUUGCCCUGUGAAGUUGCCAAUACCGGUGAGUAAAGCUAAUUUUAAGUU